AUGGAUCCGAAAGUAUUCCAACGGGUGAGAUACUGUGGCUCAGUCGGUAUUCUUGAGAGCCUCACCAACUUUGACAACUCAACGAGAGAAGAAAUCGUUGCUUUUGCAGUCUACACACUCGCGCUUGCUUCAAAUCGAGACUUUUCCCCUUCCGGGGGUAAUCUCAGAGAGGAGGAAAUACAAAGAAUCGUCGGCAAGAAGAGUGUGCCAGAGAGAAGUCAGCAGCUCUAUGAAGUCACUGUCGAUCCUAACUUCAUCAAACUUUCCAAAAAGGAGAGGCAGUCGGUCAAUGGCGGUAACUUGCAGACGGUGACAACGGAAAUGGCCAUAUUUAACAUGAGCUUAAUCAGUUUCGCCUCUCUAGAUCAGGACAUAUUCGUCUCAUUCGUAGCAAAGAAAGAGGACGGUACUCAUCGGGCGUGUUACGUUCUUGAAUGCUGCGAUCACUACGUCGCAAACCAGAUGUAUCAUGUGAUGGAACAGUUCUUCGUCGAACCAAGUCCACCGCCAGCCCCGUUCAUUGUUCAGUCAAUGACUCUGAGUGGCAGAAAAUGGGAUGACACUAUUCCAUCUGGCUCAACUGCCCAGAUGCACAUUCCAAGACGCUCCUUAGAAAGUGAAAACGGAAGUCCCUCGAGAGGUAGCGCCUACCGCAAUGCCACCGAGGAACCUCCGAAGCCUCCAGACAGAAAGUCAUUGAGGACGAAGAACAUACCGGCGAUAGAACCCGUGCAAAACUACGUGAACUCGGACGCGAUUCUUCAAGCUCAGCAAGGGAAGUUCCCUCAAAGAUGCACACCCAGUGCUAAUUUAGCGAAUCCUUCUUCGAGAUCAAGUCAUAUCCUCGAGGUCGUGAAUGCUGCCCGAUGUCUUCCCUAUUUCUUCAAAUUCCAGCCGGGAUUAAGUGCACGAGAACAAGCAGAACGCGAGCUGAGAAUCAACGGCGACGAUGGCGCAUUUCUUUUGCGGGAAGCUAGUACAGAACUCAUCGACGAGGUCAAUCGAGUUAGGAACAUCACCUUGUCCGUUCUGAAUUACAAUGCCAAUGGCCUGCCAAUUUUCCAGCAUGUGCUCAUGCUCGACAGUUGUCAGCAGCUCGAUAACGGAUCUGGACGCGGACUGGUGAGGACGCAAGAGCGAGAAUUCCAAUCUAUCGAAGAGCUAAUAGAUCACUACCUCCCAGCUGACAGAGUCCUCCACUUGCCUUCCCAAAGUGGCCACUUGAACAUUUCCGUCCCGAUCAUUUGCAAUGCGCAAACAAGCCUUCGCAGAAACCCGCCACAAGAAAACGUCUACGUGCGGAUCACUCUUACAGAUGGCCGAGUCUGUGUUCUUGAAGACAACGAGAACAUUGCUGCGGACAAAGCAGUGGUUUUCAUGCCCGGUGCAUGCGGUUGUCUUGAUACUGAUUUCAAGAUCCAGUGGGAGAAAGAGUCGCCAUUUCAUAAAUACAGGGAAAUGUCCAACCAUCCCUUCGAGCCAGCUGGUCAUGGCCGUGCGCGACCGCCAUUGCGAACAUGGCCAGCCGCAAAUCUUCUUCAGCGAGACGCGGAAGACUUCGCUUUUUGUUUGAAAGAGCUUGGAAUUGACCGGGCGAAUCUCAUCGGUUGGUCUGACGGAGGCAUAACGGCAAUCUGCGUUGCAGGGAAUAAAAGCCUGUCAUCGGUGGUUGAGAAAAUGAUAGUUUUCGGAAGUAAUGCAACACUUCCAGAGUCAGACCGAGAAACUUAUUUAAAAAUGCGUAAUACUGACAACUGGGGGGCACGAGCAAGGGAGCCAUACGAAACCGUUUACGGAGCUGCUGAAUUCAAGGAUAUGUGGGCAAACUGGAUUGAUUGUUUUCUCACUUAUAUUGACGAGCGAAACGGAGAUGUUUGUCGAACGGAGCUCCAAAACGUGGACUCUCCUUCUCUCGUUAUUCAUGGCGAGAAAGACUUCUGGAUUACGCAAGAGAUGGCCGAUGAAAUAGUAAAUGGCUUGAAAUCUAAUAAUGUCCCAGUGCAGUACAAAGCUUUUCCAGGAGGAAAACACAAUCUGCACAUGAAGUAUGCAUCCGACUUCGCUCAAAUCUGCACCAACUUUAUCGAUGAAUAA